AUGCCGGCCAGGAUUUCCCCGGUCCGGGUUGGCCGCAGGUGGAUCAAAGGAACCAGCCGAGUCAAGAUCGAAGAACUAGGAGCGCAACACCAUGCACUCUGGCCUGUUGCUCGUUCCACGCGUCUUGGAUGUCACCGAACCCAAACCACGAAGAACGGGUCUGCAGUCAGCCUUGAACUUUCGCAUCCGCGAAGCAUAACUAUCAUGCUCCGUAAUCAAGGCUUGUGCGACCUGCAAGGACCCCUGGCGUUAAUAGAGCGGUCGACGAUCGAGUUGCCUGAACGGGGCACGAGCCCGGCUGCCAACGUGGAGUAUGCAUAA